AGACGUGUUUCUAUUCACGCUCGCAGGAAGUCCUUGGCGUCGAUAACAGCAAACCUAUACCGCACUCCUUUCCUGGUGCUUGUUUUCAUUUAAAUUCUUCAUUCCCGGCAGCGAAUCUCACCACUUGUUUUUAUUUAUGUUUUUUAUGUUUAAUCGAGUACCUGCAAAGGUUGCGUGACGGUUGGGCGGCGUCAUCAGUAUGCGCCGUCGCUACUGUCUGGGUUUGGGGCCUUGGGAACGUGUUGCCCUGAAGCUGGGAACCCGUGAGCGGCAACCCAAGGUGUUUGUAGAGAAGCAUAAGAUGGAGUCUUUAACUACACCAUUGGCUUUGGGGAUUUUGACUGGAGUUGGAUGUGGAUUGUGCCUGGGUUGGAUGGUGCGAGGACGAUUUGUUGGAUCCUUAAAACCUCUGCCGAGUAUGCGAAAUGCAGGGAUGGAAACAAGCACCAUGGGGGAGAGUGGGGAGUACAAGAUGGUUUUGGUUGUCCGUAAUGAUCUGAAGAUGGGGAAAGGUAAAGUGGCAGCCCAGUGUUCACAUGCCGCCGUGUCUGCGUACAGGCAAGUUCAGAAACGCAAUCCAGAUCUGCUCAGGCAGUGGGAGUACUGCGGGCAGCCCAAAGUGGUUGUCAAAGCGCCGGAUGAGGACUGCAUUAUUGACCUGCUGACACAUGCCAAGGAACUGGGAUUGACUGUGAGUUUGAUCCAGGAUGCAGGUCGUACACAAAUAGCACCAGGGUCACGUACCGUCCUAGGCAUUGGACCAGGCUUAGGAACACUAGUGGACAAAGUUACAGGACAUUUGAAACUUUAUUGAAAUGUACUGAUGCUGCAAUCAAGUGGGCAGUUAAAAGGGUAGCUGGGUCUCAAACUAAAUCCCAACGCAUUGACUCCAAGAUCUUGUUUGUAAGUCUAUCCAUAUUGAAUAGGGUAUUAUGUGAUGCAUUGUAUUUCUUCUUAUGUUAACGAGACUGGAGUGAAUGGAAGUGGCAGAGGAGGUAUAGCUGAUUUUACUAGCUCACUCCGUCAACAAAAAUGGAGCACAUGCAGAUUGCUGGUGAUAUCCAGAUGUGCAGAGGUUCAGCUGGGGUCUCUAAUUGAAAACCUUCACCCAACUUAAGGUAACUGAGUGAGUGCUGACGAAUGGAAUAAAUGGAAGUGCUCCCCUCAACAAAGCUUCUGAAUCCUAAGUACUUUUGCUCGCGAACAUUGGUAAUGCAUCAGCACCAGUAAAUCUCUUGAUAGAGGGCUCUUUCUUGCAUCAUCCUCCCUUUUCAGUCUGUUCACCACAGGAAGCGUACAACAGUGAUGUAUGUAAUACACUUAGAUGUACAAAAUUUCCAAAAUGAAUUAAAACCAGCCUUGUAUGGUGAAUCAAU